GACAAAUCCCUAACAAGCGACCUAGACCCGAUCCUCAAACUCCAAGGAAUCCCCUGGCUCCUCCGCAAAACCAUCCUCUUCACGCCCCUAACCAUCGAAAUAACCCACACAAUCACCACAAGUACCCCCAAAACCCCAGACACAAACCCAACCCAAACAAUCCACUUCUCAGCGCAAAGCCACACGGCCCUGAAAACCGCCGCCGCGAAUCCACCGUCUGAUAUCCGCCACUUCGACGGGCGGUUCUACACGCAGCGGAAUUUUUUGUUCGGGAGGAUUGAGUGUCGGAAUCGGUAUAUUGUUGGAUCAGUUUCUGGGGAAGGGUGCGCGGCCAAAGGGAACGGGGUGGGAGUUAGGCCGAAUGUCGAGUUACAGAGUACGGGGCUGAGCGAGGGGGAUGCGGGGAUCGCGAUUCGGUUUCUACGGGGUCAGGUGGAGGUUGAUGGCGUGACGCCCUCGCCUGGUUUUCUGGUGGAGGGGCCUGUGGUUUUGGAUGUGCGGUUGUUUGAGCAUGGAGAGGGAGAGGGGCAGGGGCUUUGGGUGCAUGUUUUUGAUCGGAGGGAGGGCGGUGGGUGGAGUUCUGAGCAGAUUUGGGGCUUUGAGAUGAUUGGCGGGGUGAGGUUGUAUACGCGGCGGGCGGUUGUGACGGAUGGGAAAGGGGUCUUUAAGCUGGCUCGCUUGGUUUAUAGACUCGUUGAGAGCUGA